GCCUGUCCAGGAAGGUACCGCGACCCUUGCAGCGCGUCUCUCGACAGCGACGACCUCCACACUACGGAGCUGGUCACCGACCCUCGAACCAAGGUUAGUCGCCUUUCCUUGCCUUACUUUGCUUUCCUUUCCUUUCCUUUCCCUUCCUUUCUUUCGCUUCGUUUCGCCUCGCCUCACCUAGCCUCACCUUCUCUACUUUACCGAUACAUUUCGUUAUCCUUGCGGGAAUAGGUCGUUGUUCUUAGAAAACAAAUACACCAGCGAUUCGACAUCGCGGACGAAUUUUAUCACGGAUUUUGCUCGCAAAAGAAAAAAAGAAAAAAAAAAGAAAAACUAAUAAACCAAUAAAUAGAUAGAUAAAUACGCGUACACGCGUUAUGUAGGAUCGUGGAACGAAAGAAUCGCGUAGGCGGUUCGAGGCGAAAGCUAAUUUUCUCUCUACUGGCGGAAACGGUUCUCCGCCAUUUUUACUCUGCUGCUUUCUUUCGCGGAUCAAGCGAUAAAACGUCCAACAACGUUUGCUCGCGCUUUUACCCGUUAACACUCGCUAAUACUUUGUCAGCGCUCGCGCGGCGUCGAAAAGUAUUAUUCUAUCGUUGCGUCGCGUUCGCGAAGAAAGUCAAAACGUACGCGAAAGAAUUUAAGAAGAAGCGAUAAAGAGUAACGGCGAAAAGCUCGCCAGGCUAGAACGCGGUGAAAACGCAAGAAAUGCUCACUCACUUUCAACUCGCGUAACGAGUUUUCGAAACUUCUUUUCACGGAGAGACGGUACGUACAGCGAAUCCGUUCAUGACCGGUUACGAUCGAAACGCGAUACUUGUCCCAAACGAAAACAACGACAGAUUUGUAAGAAACCGGAAGACCUAACAUAUUUUCCUACGACCGUUGGAAAGAUUUUGAAACAUAUUUCAAUCGAACAUAGUUCGCGCCUCGAUCGUUGUGGUGUCGUAGUGUCGAUUAACCGAACGUUGGUUGGUUUAGGCUUUGACGUUGGUGAAAACUUGCGAGCCAGUAGCCGAAAUGCGCGAAUGCAGAACACCGAGGGAUUGGUCUCUUCUCGCGUUACAAAACGUGCGAACAGGAAAGUCUCAUUAUCUCGUGAUAUGCCGUUGCCCCGACGCCAACAUACUCGAAGGUCCCAUGAGCCACGAUCAACCGACGUACGCCAGUGUACCAGGGAUUCGCGUUUACGGAAUGAUGUGCGUGCAGGGAAGCCGAAGAGGAAGACCGUUGCGAUACGCGCGCAGUCUCCCAGAUCGGCCGAAAAGCGAAACUAACAAAGACUCCGUGCCGAGCGAGAACGAGCAAGACAACGAACGGUUAAACUUCCCAUGGUACAAAGUACAAUUAUUGAUGAACACGGCCGUCUGGGACUAAAACCAUCGUUAAUCGAAUUUUCAACGACGCAACGAUGAAAAUAUCGUUCGAAUUUUCUUCGAAAUCCGUUCAAAAACGUUCGACCUUGUAUUUAUUAAACACGUACUUUCGCUUCGCUUCGCUUAGCUACCCUUCGUUUAGAGCAACUCCUCUUUAUUUUACUCUCAUUCUUCUUCUUAUUUUUACUCUUAUUUACGUCAUAAUUGUAACUACGUCAUAAUAUAUCUGUAUACUCGUACACGAUCGAAUUCGAAUGAGACAAGGUAAAAGGUAAAACUCUAUUAACGGUUAAACUCUAUAGGGAUCGCUUUCCGAUAGAGCUGCGAAUUUACAUUAACGGAAUAGUAAAUUCGUGGCUCUACCAUCCAAGAAAUAUAUCGGGAAUCGCUACGGAUCCACGGCGCAACCGUACGGCGUUAGGUUAAGAAAGUAACGCCCGCCUUUCAUUCGAUCGAACGAAAGAAGAAUCUGAAGCCGACACGGUAAACAAGUUCCAAGUUUACGUUAAGAGGGCAACAGAUGGUUCAGGAAUCGUUAAAACUAUAUAAUAUUUUCACGAUCCGCGAUCACAACGUUGCGACGUAGCUCUGUAUUAGAUCCACGAUGCCACGGAAUCGCGUACUCGAACAAAAGCAAUUGCGAAAUAGUCUGGAACGGUUGAAAAGUUGGAAUCCGAAAUACGCUCGGGACAAUACGCCGUAACUGCGUCGAGAAUAAACUCGUUGAGAGUACGCGAUUCUUCGUAAAAGUAUUCCGAUUGUAACGAGUUCGAAUUAUUCCGUCAGUUGCUCGAUCGAUUACGAUAACGUAUACAUGCGCAGAAUAUGAAGUAUUAAGUAACGCAACAUAUUUUCGUGAAUCCGUCCGGCAGAGAUAGAUUAAAUAGCGUGAAACUCGGGAAAUUUGUAAAAUUAUAAUAUUAUAAACGAUCCAACU